UCAGUCGCUCUGAGCGUCGGACGUGGAUGCUUUCAGCGAUCUAUCUCCUCCCGGUAUCUUACCCACUCAUGUCUAUGCCGCGUUUCAUUUGUCCUUUAAGUAUUUUAAGGAGACGAAUGUGAGAAAGUACGCGUCACUUUUUCGUUUGGAGAGGACAAUUUGCGAUGGAACAGGAGUCUUGAUGCUAAGUUGGAUCUCUCUCAAGGGACGUCUUUUAAAGUACAAAAUCAGCGACACUGACGACUUGACACAGGGGAAAGGCUCUGGUCAGGCUGAAGUGAAGGGUCGCUGAGCUCAGACACUCUUCUUCCACCGACUCACAAAUUAUACACACACGGGGGGGAAAGUCACACACUGACACAUCAGUCUAGCGACGCAGACACUCAGUUUACACACUUGAGUGCACACACAAAGCUUCGUCCUUGCAGGAGUGCACACACAUUCAAACACAGGCCCCUUGAGCAGGAUGAGGGAACCUUGGAGGUACCUGCUGGGCCUGUGCCUCCUGGUGUGCUCGGCCUUCAACCACAGUGCCGCCAAUCCUUUUGCAGGGCAGCAGACCCCUCCGGACCCCUGCUAUGAUGACACAGGUGCAGCCCGUCGGUGUAUCCCUGAAUUUAUCAAUGCUGCCUUCGGCAAGGAGGUGAUUGUGUCCAGCGUGUGUGGCCGACCGCCCUCCCGUUCCUGUAGUGUGGUGGAGCGGGGUGAUGAGCGUCCUUCUGUACGCACGUGCCAAAUCUGUGAUGCAGCGGACCCUCGCCGUGCCCACCCGGCAUCCUACCUCACUGACCUCAACUCGGCCCACAACCUCACUUGUUGGCAGUCGGAGAAUCUGAACACCUCUCCGUACAAUGUGACUCUCACCCUUUCGCUGGGUAAAAAAUUUGAGAUUACCUACGUCAGCCUUCAGUUUUGCUCACCACGACCUGAAUCCCUGGCCAUAUACAAAAGCAUGGACUAUGGCAAAACAUGGAUGCCCUACCAGUUCUACUCCUCACAGUGCCGCCGCAUGUACAACCGGCCCAACAAAGCAACCAUUACCAAGCAGAAUGAGCAGGAGGCUCUUUGCACAGAUGGUCACACUGACCUUUAUCCACUGUCUGGAGGACUUAUAGCUUUCAGCACUCUGGAUGGACGGCCUUCUGGUAAAGACUUUGACAACAGCCCAGUCCUGCAGGACUGGGUCACCGUCACUGAUAUCCGUGUGGUCUUUAGCCGGCCCCAGCUACCCCGGGAGUUGGUACUGGGGGCUGGAAGCAACACUGGAGGGAGAGACGAUGACCCCAUGGCAGUGACAUCAACACUGCCAACUUAUUUCUAUGCAGUGGGAGACUUCCAGGUGGGCGGGAGGUGUAAGUGCAAUGGUCAUGCCUCACGCUGUCUGAAAGACAAGGAAGGCAAACUGGUGUGCGACUGCAAACACAACACAGAAGGACCUGAAUGUGACCGCUGCAAGCCCUUUCACUAUGACCGACCUUGGCAGAGGGCCAAUGCUCGUGAGGCCAAUGAAUGUCUGCCAUGCAACUGCAACCUCCACGCCCGCCGGUGCCGCUUUAACAUGGAGCUAUACAAGCUGUCAGGCAGGAAAAGUGGAGGGGUGUGCAUGAAUUGCCGCCAUAAUACUGCAGGACGCCACUGCCACUACUGCAAGGAGGGCUUUUACAGGGACAUGGCCAGACCGAUCACCCACAGGCGAGCCUGUAAAGCUUGUGACUGCCACCCUGUGGGCGCAGCAGGCAAGACAUGCAACCAAACCACAGGCCAGUGCCCCUGCAAGGAUGGUGUCACUGGCAUCACCUGCAACCGCUGCGCUAAGGGCUACCAGCAGAGCCGUUCGCCUGUGGCCCCCUGUAUCAAAAUCCCUGUGGUCAACCCCACAGCUGUCGUGAGCAGCACAGAGGAACCAACAGAUUGUGAGUCCUACUGUAAACCAGUAAAAGGCAACUUGAAGAUCAACAUGAAGAAAUACUGCAAAAAGGAUUAUGCUGUCCAAGUGAAUGUGCUGGACAUGGAGACGGUGGGGGACUGGGCCAAGUUCUCCAUUAGUGUAGUAUCUGUGUACAAGAGCCGGGGCGAGCCCUUAAAGCGAGGUGACAACAUCUUGUGGGUGCACAUGAAGGAUCUAGCCUGCAAGUGUCCUAAGAUCCAGAUGAGCAAACGAUUCUUGGUAAUGGGGGGCACCGAAGGUGGAACAGGUCCAGGGGCGGGUCCAGGAGUCGGUCCUGGAGGUGGACCCAGCAGUCCGGGGGCGGAGCGCGUAGGCUUGGUGGCCGAUAAGAACAGCCUGGUGAUCCAGUGGAGAGACGUUUGGACGAGACGUCUGAGGAAGUUCCAGCGCAAAGAGAAGAAGGGGAAGUGUAGCAAAGCAUGAUGGGGAAAAGCAGCGUCCAUCCCUACCUCUCCCUCCAUGGCACUCAUUCACAAAUCCUGACUGUUGACUUCUCUUUCCCCUGAACCCUUUUUCCUCCUCCUUCUCCAUUGUGGGAACGCUGCACAUUACGAAGACUGCAUGUACCCUGCCUGUUUUAAGGACCACGUUUUGUGUAUAUUGUAUAAUUUUUCAUUUUUAUUUUUCACGUCUUGUCUUUGUAAGGCCACUUGUCUUUUUGUCUGAUUGGUUUGCCUUAAAAAGGGACCAUUAAAAAGGGUGUGAAGUGUAGACAAAAGCAGGUGCCAUUCCCUCUCUCUCGACGACGACAGCGGAACUGUCCACCCACCCCCACUCUUCCCCAAAUACAACUCCCUGACCUCCACCUCCUGUCAAGACUGACUGUCUUCUGCCACUUUAAGGUACUCCCAUGUAAGACUACCAAUGCUCACACCUCACACUUCACAGACUGAUAUCAGCAACAAGACAAGCUGCAGAUCUCCAGCUUGGCCACCUCACGUGUUUUUAAUUGAAACAAGCUGGGCCACCUGAUAACCUUCAGCAUUUUCCUGUCGAAACGGGCCUACUUUCUCCAGGUCUUUGCAGUACCUUCUUUGGACUAUAGGACUUUAGUCCUAUGAGGAACCAAGGGCUCCCUUUGCAGGGACAUUUUCCACAGCAAACCUCAGUCACACCACCACUGCUGCUGCUGCCACCACACAGCCCUCACAGAAUAAACUGCUCAUGUAGGCUCUUAUAUGUACAAGUAUGUGAUGCCACUGCUCAUGAUAGUUUGUAUGCCUUGUGUGGCUAUUUGCUAUCUCAACCAUCCACAUGCUUAUUUGAGAUGUAUCCCAUUUGUUUCACUUUAAGCAGAGCAAAACCCUCGGCAUGUGUCACAUUCCAGGCCUCUUGACCACUAGUCCCUCUCAUGAGUGGUUUGUAGAGUCACCAUCAUGACUCAUUGCUUGUCACUUUUUGUGGAAGAAAGAUUAAGCAGUGCGGACAAGUGGGCGGAAUUUCAGAACAAUGCCAAUAUUUCCAGGGAGACUUUUCGCUUCGUGGAUAAUCUCUUCCGCUGGGUUCAGUUCCUCCAAAUGUUGCUGUGUGGCCACUGUCAUUUAUGUCUUUUUAAAUGGCCGAACAUUUUUAUUGUGUUGACCAAGACUGGCAGGCUUUUGUUUGCCACAAUAAGAGAUUGAAACAAGAGUUCCUUUUCAUGCAGUAAAAACAAAAAACAAGUCGGAUAAACAAUGUAGCUGUGUUUUUCUCCGUAUUUUGACAAAAUGAAUGAGCCUGGAAAGUUUUUAGUGCUCACUGAUUGUAUUAUGACAUGCGAGGAUCAUAUUUCAGCCCUCAUGUGCUUUGUUAAGUUUGCAUGUUUGUGGUUUUUUGCUGGUCCAUCAAAACCUUACAGGAAGCGCAGAGAGAGAGCUAAACCAAUAUGAGCACGAAGAGCCAAAUGAAAACGUCCCAGGUCAUCUUCCACCACUUGCCCACCCUAAUGCAUAACCCUGUCAUGCUUUGCCAAAUAAGAGUAGUCAGUUUUUAAAUUCAAUUAAGGGACUAUGAAAGUCAGGAUCAACAAAAACCACAGAGAGACCCAUCUGGUUGCUCUCAAGCUUUUUAUCUGCCUUUUGCAGUUAUUUCAUUUUGUAAAGGACUUUACAAUUUAUUUAAAUAGAGUACAAUAUAAACACACAGUUUAGUUGAGGGGCACAUCAAGCUCACAUAACAGUGAGUGUUCCUACAGGCAUCUCAUGCUAGCUUGUGGUUACGCUCCUUUGGCUUUGGCGGCAUGUUUGGUUUGUCAUUCCUCCAAAAGUGUCUCUCCUCUGCUCUUGUCUGUGUGUCAGCCAUGAACUCCCUCCCUCCAACCCCAAACUCCCCUUUUAACCCUUUUUUGCAUGUUGUGUAUUUAGUGUUUUAGAUAAGUGAAAGCACAGAAAGAGGCUACCAGACUCCUCUGUGGUGUAUAGUACUGCACUGUAGUUCUUGUUUUCGGAGAAUGUAAGUCAGUCUGCAAAGAAACAGUCGCGCAGGUGAAUGGUCCGAUUUGUGUUUAUGAAGUGUUAUUAGAACUCGGAACGUGGGUGGCAUGAUAAUCGAUGCUGUUAUGAACUCAGAGCAUGAUUAGAUGUUGUUCAAAUGAUUGUGGCUCUUCAUGCUUAUGUCUCUCAUCACAUUUUUUUUUUUUUUUUUAAUGAUCCAAUGCAAACACAACUUGUGACCAAAAUGAAUUAUAAGCCACCACGAUUUCUGACGUGACACACAAACAAACAAAAAAUGGCAAAGAAGAUCAAAACAAACCGUUUAUGAUGGUGCUAUGCUGAGGGCACAAAUCCCACUGAUGGAAUUUUGCAAAAAUGCAGAAGCAAUCAUUUAUUUAUGUGUUGGCAGUCCACAGUGGCCUGUCAGACAGGUGGUGUUACAGUAGCACAUGCGUCCUCAUCUUGGUAUGCAAGUCUGGCAUUACAAUGAAUUGUCAAAAUAGUUCCCCAUGAAGCCUGUCUCAGCUCCUCGAGUGCACAACACCCGCAUGAAGGAAUUCCAUAAAAUUCUUUCUCUUCUAGUUUUUAAGUGACAUGUCACACUAUAGGAACCCCCACUUGGCAAAAAAGUUUUUUGCGAUGCCUGCUGUUUUGGUUUUUUUGUUUUUGUUUUUUUUGCCAGUUGUGUAUCCCCAAAAAUGCUGGAUAGUUGAACACACUUCUCCUAAAGCCUGAAUUAGGCUUUAGGAGAACCCUACAUGGUAAUCACAAUCCUUGAGGGCUACGUUGUCGUAGGUUACGGCGUAGGGUUCAGAGCGGAUUUCCGGUUACAUUUGUAGGACCGACAUCAAAGUCUAAUUCAGGCCUAAGGGCCCCAUUAUACCAGCUGUGUGGUGCCUGGAUGAUGGCGCUGUGUGACAAAGCUGACGUCAAAUAGAUGUCAUAUCUGCUGUCGUAAGCUGCCAUUUCUGAUCUUGGCAAGAUCAGUUGCCAUGUCAUUGAAACUGACACUAACAAUAAGUUAAAAGUUUUUAGUGAUUCAUAUACUGAUACAGCUGCUGUGUAUGGAUAGUAAGUGUCCAAAGCUUUGCAGUGUGAUCACUUUUUUGUUUUUCCUCUUUUAUACGUUGAUCUAAAUAUUCAUGAAUUGAAAAAGAUGAAAAAUGCACAUGGUUGUCCUGCAGUUCUGUGGGGUGUCCAGUAUUGGCAUGUAAGCUGUUUUGCCCUCCAGGGCUCUGUGUCAGUCACGUGAUUAAAAGCUAUGAACCCCCCAUUUCCCUCUUAAGUGCCCACCCUGAACGUCGGAAUCAAAAUAGGUUAAAAUCUGCCAGAUUUUUAUAUAUAUAAUUUUUUUUUUGGGAGGGGUGGAAGUGUAGUUCUCGUGAAAGCUUUUUUGUGAGCCUCAUAGAGAGAGCUGUCCUGUUGUUUUAUAUUAACAAGCCCAGCAGCUUGGCAGUGGAACUGAGGCCAUAACUGCUUCACUUUGUUUCCCCCCUUUUUUUCCACAGCGUUUAUAGCAUUCGCAGGUGUGUGAGUUUGUGUUUAAUUAACCUUCCCGAGCAAACAAGUGACAUGCACAACUUGCAGAGAGGUGAGAGAAAACUUAUUUGAAGUGUGGAGUUUUCUGGUGGGGUGGGGGAGUUAUUUUUAUUUUUUUUUUUUCCUCUUCACUUCUGCAAGUCCAUGAUGAAGAAUUAUCACAUGCAUUUUCUUGGUGAACUUCCCAUGUUUUUUUUUUUUUUGUUGUUUUUUUCCUUUUUUUGUGUGGGUGUGUGUCAUUUUCAUCCACACAUUUGGCUUGUCCUGAUGGAUUUUUAAUAUUGUAAAUAUGUACUGAACUGCCUCUGCCGUUUGUUGUCUUUUGUAAAGCAUCACUUAGCCUGGGAUGACUCACAUUUAUGGAUGUACAAACCAGAUGAUUAUGGAUGUUAUAUGGAUGUAGAAACCAGGAACAUAUGCUUUUGUGAUCACGACCAGAAGACGUGGUUCAGAUAUUACACAGAAUGUAUUCCUUUCAGUUUUAUGUUGUUUCCAGACAACAACCACCCAAUUGUAAAUGACUUUGAGGUGAAUGGAGUAAAAAUGUGACUGACUGGACUCUCCGGUUUUCCCAUAGAGGUGCAGAUGGAAACUGACACACAGAGCCCACCAUGUUCUGUUACAUUAAUGUCCUGGGAAUAAUGGUUCACUCACACAAAAAACUGUCCACCUACCUUUCUUUGGGAACAAAGGGAUCCUGCCUUCAGUCCAGCACUAUUUUUCACUUCUGUUAUAUCAAAGUCUUCCUUGUACAUUUUCCUCUGAGGCAAUGAACCACUGACUUUUUAAUCUAAAUGGUAAAAAAAUAAAUUAUUAGUUAAUGAA